UAAGUUGAGUAUUAUAUUGUGGUAGCUGUUACGAGUCAGCAAGAGAGAAAUAUCUUGUUGAGUUGAUUUCUGAUCCCAAAUUGAGUUUGAGUUUCAGCCAUGGUAUCUGUUUCUCUGCUCUUAUUCCUAUCUUUCUUUGCCUUCUUUGCACCCUCUGAAUCUCACGACAAAGUCUCGUUGGAAUUGUACUACGAAAGCUUAUGCCCCUACAGCGCCAACUUCAUCGUGAAUCACCUCCCAAAAAUCUUCACCCCAGAUCUUGCCCCAAUCGUUCACCUCAAACUCGUUCCUUGGGGCAAUGCCAAACUCCGUGCCAACGCCACCUUUGACUGCCAGCAUGGGCCAUAUGAGUGCUUGCUGAACACAGUUGAAGCCUGUGCAAUUCACAUCUGGCCUCAACUCAGCAAACAUUUUCCUUUCAUCUACUGUGUUGAGGAUCUGGUGUUUCAGAGUAAGCGUGAGGAAUGGGAAUCUUGUUUUGAGAAACUGGAUCUUGAUUCGGAACCUAUUAAUCAGUGUUAUAAUAGUGAACAUGGAAAACAGUUGGAGCUACAAUAUGCAGCUGAAACAAGUGCUCUGGAGCCUCCUCACAAGUAUGUUCCUUGGGUAGUUGUGGAUGGAGAACCACUCUAUGAGGAUUAUGAGAACUUCUUAAGCUAUCUUUGUAAGGCUUAUAAAGGUACUGUUACACCCCAAAGUUGCACCCAAGCAUCAUACCUAAGAGAAGUGAAUGCAAAGCCUAAGCAUUCGGUUUGCUACAAGGACAGUGGGAUUAUGCUAACAUGGGAAAAAGUGAGGUCAACCAUUGCAUCAUGGAUGCACUAGAUGAAUCUUGGCAGUGCAUUUUAGAUGUGCCAAUGCUGCAUUUAGUAGCAGUUUGUUCGUGUUAUCUUGUGUGAAGUUGUGUUGAUCCCUCCAAAAGUGCAAAUAGAACUUGUGAUGCACAUAAAACCAUAUCGUACUCUCAUCAAAAAAAUAAAACCAUGAUGUGUAUGUGUAUGAGGUACUUAAGUACAAUAUAUAUAGAGAGAGAAAAAAAAAAGUAAGUGCAAUUCUAUAUUUUC